ACCCUGGGAGAGAUCUUGGUGCUGACCCUAACCCUAACCCUUGCAAUCACUGUAUGUGCGCGAAGGAGAUGUUGAUACGUGCCUUCUACAUCAAAGCAAUGUAAUUAUAGCUUUGGCGAUCACUGUGAUGGACGGCACACCGGCAUGCCUUCGCCUCCGCUUCGAUGCAAGGCUCAAACGCUGAAGCAGGCUAGAGCCUCCUUCAAAUCUCGUGAUCGGCCUUCCAUCUCGGACAGAGAGCAGAAACAGCUCGAUCGCGCCAUUCAGUUGGAUCGGCGGGCAUGGGGAGUCAAGGAGCGGGAGAAGAGACGAGCUGAGGCGGUCAAGCAGAGGCAGGAAAAGGAACGAAGGGAGAAACUUGAGCGGUCGAAGGUCAAGCAAGCAGAGUCCGGAGACAGGCGCUGCGACCGGUUCGGGUUCAUGGGCAGUCAGGUGUGCUUGGGUGCGUUCUUUGGUCAGGGUGAAGCGAAGGUGGAGCUUGGAGGCGGUGUUGGCUCGGGCAAGGCGACAGACAGUCACGACAAGGAGAAUGUGAAGAGCACAGACUCUAAGCAGGACGACGACUAUGGAGAGGACAUUGUCGACGACGAAGCGCUUUUGCGGGUCUUAAAUGCGGCAACAGUAGAACAGCAUCCCAAGCAAAGUCCCACGGUACAGUCCGCUUCAGCGAACAAACCCGGACGAUCUACCAUAAGCGACGACCUUGCCGACUUCUUGGACGAGCUUGGCAGCAGCACGCAGAUAUCGCGAGAACUGGACGAUGGGCAGCCGUGCCGAAUGUUCGAAGUCGAGAGAUCCGUGGAGAAGGCGGGACGAGACCGUGUUCUCAUGCCGCCUCCACCGUUGCCUCUCAAGCCUGCGCUGAUGCCAGCAGUGCUGAAGAAGCAAGACGCUUCUAGUGAAGUUCUCGAGAUCUUGCCACCGGUUGCGCCGCUCGGAGCUGCCACCGAAUUCACGGUAGCGGAGUUGGAGUGCUUCGUGGCGGACGACUUGCAACUCACUCAGGCUGAACCGGUGUGAGAUGCGCCUGGAAGACUGACUAUGGCAAAUCUACCAAUUCUACAUGGUUUUCAGAACGGCG